AUGGCGCUGCGGAGGGGCGGCAACGGGGUGCCGGGGCGGCUGCUGCUGCUGCUGCUGCUGGGCGCCGCGUGCUGGGUCCCGCGGAGCGCGCAGGUGAGGCGGUUGGCGCGCUGCCCCGCCACUUGCAGCUGUACCAAGGAGUCCAUCAUCUGCGUGGGCUCUUCCUGGGUGCCCAGGGUCGUGCCGGGCGACAUCAGCUCCCUGAGCCUGGUAAAUGGAACAUUCUUGGAGAUCAAGGACCGAAUGUUUUCCCAUCUGCCUUCCCUGCAGCUGCUACUGCUGAAUUCUAACUCAUUUACAGUCAUCCGGGAUGAUGCUUUUGCUGGACUUUUUCAUCUCGAAUACCUGUUCAUCGAAGGGAACAAAAUAGAAACCAUAUCAAGAAAUGCCUUCCGUGGCCUCCGAGACCUGACUCACCUUUCUUUGGCCAAUAACCACAUAAAAGCACUCCCAAGAGAUGUCUUCAGUGAUUUAGACUCUCUGAUUGAACUAGAUUUGAGGGGCAAUAAAUUUGAAUGUGACUGCAAAGCCAAGUGGUUGUACCUGUGGUUGAAGAUGACAAACUCCACUGUUUCGGAUGUUCUGUGUAUCGGCCCGCCCGAGUACCAGGAAAAGAAGCUAAAUGACGUGACCAGCUUUGACUACGAAUGCACAACUACAGAUUUUGUUGUCCAUCAGACUUUGCCCUACCAGUCGGUCUCGGUGGACACGUUCAACUCCAAGAACGACGUGUACGUGGCCAUCGCCCAGCCCAGCAUGGAGAACUGCAUGGUGCUCGAAUGGGACCACAUCGAAAUGAACUUCCGGAGCUACGACAACAUCACAGGUCAGUCCAUCGUGGGCUGUAAGGCUAUCCUCAUCGACGACCAGGUCUUUGUGGUGGUGGCCCAGCUCUUUGGUGGCUCUCACAUUUACAAGUAUGACGAGAGCUGGACCAAGUUUGUCAAAUUCCAAGACAUCGAAGUCUCUCGCAUCUCCAAGCCCAACGACAUCGAGCUGUUUCAGAUAGAUGACGAGACAUUCUUUGUCAUUGCCGACAGCUCGAAAGCCGGCCUGUCAACGGUUUACAAAUGGAACAGCAAAGGGUUCUACUCCUACCAGUCCCUGCACGAGUGGUUCAGGGACACGGACGCGGAGUUCGUGGACAUCGACGGGAAGUCGCACCUGAUCCUGUCCAGCCGCUCCCAGGUCCCCAUCAUCCUGCAGUGGAACAAAAGCUCCAAGAAGUUUGUCCCCCACAGUGAUAUCCCCAACAUGGAGGAUGUGCUGGCCGUGAAGAGCUUCCGGAUGCAGAACGCCCUCUACCUCUCCCUCACCCGCUUCAUCGGGGACUCCAGGGUCAUGAGGUGGAACAGUAAGCAGUUUGUGGAGAUCCAGGCUCUCCCCUCCCGGGGGGCCAUGACCCUGCAGCCCUUUUCCUUUAAGGAGAACCACUACCUGGCCCUGGGCAGUGACUACACGUUCUCUCAGAUCUAUCAGUGGGAUAAAGAGAAGCAGCUGUUCAAGAAAUUUAAGGAGAUUUAUGUGCAGGCACCUCGCUGCUUCACAGCGGUCUCUACCGACAGGAGAGAUUUCUUCUUUGCAUCCAGUUUCAAAGGGAAAACAAAGAUUUUUGAGCACAUUGUGGUUGACUUAAGCUUGUGAAGGGCGCUGGGUGAACUUGAGAGAUGCGUGGCAGUAGCUGUCCCAAGACAGGACGAGGACAAAUCUUUAAAACGCAGCCAGGUGCAGAGGUCUGGCAAUAAACAUGCAUCGGGGACAUAGUUAGAAGUUUUCGAACUUUUAGAACUCACAUUUUAAUCAGGGAUUGCAUUUAUUGGCUGACUGCAUGACUUGCCCAUUCUCCCAUUUACAAAGACAUCGUAAAGCCUGUAAUUCUUGAGAAAAGAGUACAGUGUUAACUCUUACCAUCUAGGAAAGGAAUGUGCUUUUUUUGUUUUGUUUUGUUUUUAAGUGAGAAAAUUGGAUAAGAUGUGACGACUCUUAAAAUGAACAUUUCUUUAAAAAGACCAAACAAACCAUGGGCCUUUCUCAUCCUGUCUUACCAAUCUUUCUGGUAACGACUCUUAAAGCCAAAGUCAGCUGAAAAGAUUUGCUGAUGAUAAGUUUAAAAAUCUGGUAACACUCAGCAAUGCUAUUUUGAGCCAUCCCAAUUUCCCAAGCCCACCCCCCACCCUUAUUAGCUGAACCCUAUUUAUUUCAUUGGCUCAUAUGGAUGCUUGUCAUGGGUGUGUCAACAAAUAGUGUUUAACAAAUUGCCUCCUUUGCUACAAAAAAAAUAUUCUGCUGAUACAUGUCUAGGCCCAGCACGGGCUGUGGGCCCAGGAGCAAAACAAAGGAGUUUCUCCUCUUCUUGUGGUUCAGAGCUGCCCCCCGUGGUGGCUGGAGCAACGGGGCCCGUUUGAUGCGCUCUGGGACUCACCUGCUUCUCUGACCCCAUCCUCUGAGGGUGCGGGUAACCAGCAGACGGCCCAGAGACCCAAGGUGCUUUUCAUUCUGUCCUGUAGAGUGAUAGAGUAGGUAUGCCACCUGGGGAGGAUUCUUGAAGUAAGAUUUUGUGGCGUCAAGGAGGGCUUGACACAAAUCUCGGCGUACUUUGAAACCUAGCGAUGGCCCUCUGACUUAUGCAUGUCUGCUCUCUGGGCAGCUUAAUAUUCCAAGUAAUUAAAUAGCAACCAACCUACCUGCCCACCUGCGUACCUCCCCACUCACGGAACAGUCUGCUUGGUUGAGGUGCUGAUGCUGCUGCCAACACAGCCCUCCCAAAGGUGCUACAGCACCAAACUGUAGAAGGUGGGGUGCUCUGGACGGCACGCUCCUUCCUCUCUCUGUCCUUAGCUCAGUGCGGGCCAUGCGCUGCCAGGGGGCGCAUCCCAUACAGGAUGGGGGUGGGGACCAGCUGAUCAGUAGGGACCAGCUGUGGAGCUGAAUCCCACAGAGUGGGUCUGCACCCAGGGGCCCAGGUGGCUUCUUUCAAACGGGCCUCUCUGGCGUAGACCACUGUUAUCGUGGGGCAGUGGGGGAGGGGAGUCUGGUUUUGUGGAAGGGUCUGGGGGAUGUCCUGCCUGGUUAGCUGGGUCUCUUCAGAGAAUAUCAAGUGAAUGCUUUUCAGAAGUGGCUCUCAAAGAGGAACACACAACUUUUAGCUAUGAGCACAGCAUAAUCAUUGUACUGCACUGUUAUUUCUUUUAGUGAUUUUUUUGUUGGCCAACUCGCGAGUAGGUAGAUAUUUGGACGCAGAUAUGAAUGUGUUUGUUGUUUCCAGACUUUAAGCAACGCAGAUCGAGGCAAUAAAUAGCACACAGAGAGCAAUGCAUUGAUGUCACCGCAGCUCUCUUGGGUACAUUCUGGGACUGCAGACCGAGGGCUUCUAGCUUAGGACACCAGGAAUUUUAAUGAACAAACUCAUCCACACGCAGUGGCUUCGUUGCGUGAAACAUUCCUACUCAGCACCAAACAAACAGGAGAAACGUGGUGGGCUUUUCUCUUUUAAAGUGCAAGUGAUUCUUCUGCGUUCUUGUGCCUUCCUGGUUGUCUGAAUGGACGGCACACGCCCAGAUCCCUUCACCGGGGAGGGUGAGAGCGGACUAGCCCUGCUAUUCCUCGGGCUGUCAAGAUGGGCAAACUAUUUUUUUUUUUCUGGUGCUUGGCAGCCCUCAAGCAAGGCUGGGUGAGAAAACAGGCUCUGGGCAAACAGUCAGCUAGGAGACGUUUAGGCGGUGCUGGGGCCAGAUCAAAAUGAAGUUCCGAUUCAGAGGUCUGCAGGGAAGGCACCUGGGCCAUCAUCACAGUGCUGCUUCUAUGCAGCUGCGCACCAGCUUCCCAGCUUCACCUCUGAGGGCGGAAUUAGGGGCUAACCACGUGCACUCACCACCUGCUCACCAUUGUCCAGAACCUUGAAAACCGGGGAGCACAGGGUGCUGGGCUGGGUGUGGGCAGGGGUGGAGGGACUUGCUGAGUCCAUGUGA